UGACAGCUGCGCAGCUGUCAAAUGCGGCGAUAUGGACUUCCUCUUUUCCGAUACGUUCGCGGUCGUGUAAAUUUGUGUUGAAAAAUCACAAAAUUAAAUCUUAGCCAUGGUGCGUAUGAACGUUUUGGCUGAUGCCCUUAAGUGCAUCAACAAUGCUGAGAAGCGCGGCAAGCGUCAGGUGCUGUUGCGCCCCUGCUCCAAAGUCAUCAUCAAGUUCCUCACUGUGAUGAUGAAGCACGGCUACAUUGGCGAAUUCGAGAUCGUUGACGAUCACCGUUCCGGCAAGAUUGUCGUCAAUCUGACUGGUCGUUUGAACAAAUGCGGCGUCAUCUCGCCACGCUUCGAUGUUCCCAUCAAUGACAUUGAGAAGUGGACCAACAAUCUGCUGCCCUCUCGUCAGUUUGGCUACGUCGUGUUCACCACAUCCGGCGGUAUUAUGGAUCACGAGGAGGCCAGGAGAAAACAUCUGGGAGGCAAAAUCCUUGGAUUCUUCUUUUAAGUCGCCGUCUUCUUCAUCACCACAAUGAAAACGAAGGGGGAACAACAACCAACCAAACAACAACAAUCUACAAAUUUUGUGUGUGUGGGGAGUUGAGAUGAUAUGUAAAAAGUUGUUUUAUUUCCCAUUCGCGACAAAUACGUUUUACGUUCCUCUAAAGACAAAAGCAACAACAACAUCGUACGCACAUUCAAAACAACAACAUCCAGAUGAAUGUUCUAAGAAAACGCGAAAUAAAAUGAUUAAUACAUAAUUUUUAAUAACAA